GGUGGUCUGGGCAUCGGAGGCUCCGGCUUUGGCGGGAGCGUGUCCGAAGGUGGACUGCUCUCCGGGAGCAAAAAACUCACCAUGCAGAAUCUGAAUGACCGCCUGGCUUCCUACCUAGACAAGGUGGAUGAACUGGGGCAAGCCAACAAAGCGCUCGAAACCAAAAUUAAAGAAUGGCAUGAAAAAUUUGGACAAGGAGCGGUGAACGCCCCUUCCCGGGACUACAGAAAGUAUUACAGCACCAUUGAAGACCUUAAAACUCAGAUCAUCCAAGUCACGCAAGACCACACCACUGCCGUGCUGCAGAUCGACAAUGCCAGGCUAACUGCCGAUGACUUCAGACUGAAGUUUGAGAGCGAAGCAGCCCUGUGCCAGAGCGUGGAAGCCGAUAUCACCGGCCUCCGCAGGGUCCUGGAGGAGUUGACCCUGUCCAAGACUGACCAGGAGCUGCAGAUCGAAAGCCUCACGGAGGAGCUGGCCUACCUCAAGAAGAACCACGAGGAGGAAAUUCAGAGCGACUCCAAGACCACUCUCGGGGGUGUCAAUGUGGAAAUCAACGCGGCCCCGGGAAUCGACCUGACCCUACUGCUGAAUAGGAUGCGAGAGCAAUACGAAUCCCUCGCCGAGCAGAAUCGCCAAGAGGCUGAAGCCCGCUUCGCGGAGCAGAGCAAAGAACUGAGUGUGCAGAUCUCCACAAGUGUCGAAGAGACAAGCACCAACAAGAGUGAGAUUGCCGAACUGAGACGCACUCUUCAGACCCUGGAGUUUGAGCUCAAGGCCCAGAUCUCUCUGAAACAAUCACUUGAGUCUAGUCUGGCAGAGACUGAAGGGAACUUCUGUGCACAACUGUCCCAAAUACAAGUGCUCAUCAGCAGCCUGGAAACCCAAGUGCAACAAAUCCGGGAAGAAACCGAGUGCCAGAAUGCAGCAUACGAACAACUCCUGGACAUCAAGAUCCGCUUGGAGAGUGAGAUCGGGACUUACCGCCAGCUCCUGGAUAGAGAGGGAAGCUGA